GUUGGCAGGGAAAAUGAGUUAUCUGGUCAUCAUACUUACCCUCAUCAAAAUAGUAUAUGGCCUGAUAGGAUACGACUGCAAUGGCAAUCACCUCAACGUUACCACUAUCUCUUUAAACUCCAUCGGGGACUGCAGCAUACAGCCUGUGAUAACAGAAAACCAAGACACUUAUAUCCAACUACUGCAACUAUCGGAAUUCGAAUUUACCAGCGUGAGGCAAUGCAAGGUACAAAUAACACGAAUUAUAUAUUAUUGUGGCAUGCACUCCCACACUUCGGCAGUGCACAACGGAUUCGCCGAAUACCUCCACGAAACAACCGCUCAACAAUGUGCUAGGAUGCACCUAGAUGGCACGUUUUCACUCGGACCACAAAAUCUUAUAGUAGGCUUAAAGGAUAACGCAACGGAAACGAGGUCGCUUGUCCUAGCCGGCAAAUUAACAAACGACGGCAACUGCCAAGGAACACAGUACGUAGACCCAUACGGGAGCUGGGAAGGUGUUGUCGUACAAGCCACAGUAAGGAUAAGUUUAAGAUCAGGAGUUGUGCCAGUACAAACUGAAGCGAAUAAAAUUUUAUUGAAAUCAGGAACGGUAUGUACCUUCAGCGAAGGAAAUUGUCUAGACGCCGAGGACGGGUACACUUAUUGGCAACCACAACCGCCCUCACCAUGCAAAUUUGAUCAGUACGAUGUACUAUAUGAAGGAAUUGCCACAAGGAUUCAAGAAAUAAAAACUAACAGGGAACUAGCACAACCAAUCUACGCAUUAACAACACAAGAAGUAACCUUUGCAUUGACUAAAACCGGAGAACAACCCCUAUGCGGAUACACUUUACUAUCCACAGAGCACCCUAAAUUGUUCCUAUUGGAGACAACAAAAGGAAAUACGUUCAUAUCCAAACGCAAGACAGCAGUCGAAAAUUUGGAUAUAUUCACAUACGUUAAUUCUAAAUUCGUUUAUGUAGAGAAGCACAUUAAAAGACAAAUGACGGCACUAUACCAUGAUGUAUUGACACAAAGAUGCAACACUGAAAAGAAAGUAAUAGAAAACGCUUUAAGUUUAGCAACCCUUCUGCCCGACGAAUUCGCUUAUACAAUAACCAAAACCCCAGGACAUAUGGCCUUGAUCGCAGGAGAAGCAGUCCAUAUAGUCAAAUGUGUUCCAGUGCAGGUAAAAAUACGACACACGACGGAAUGCUAUUCGGAACUACCUGUUUGGCAAGGAAAUCGCACCGCAUUUUUAACACCAAGAACACACAUUCUAACUCAACAUGGAAAUCAUAGAGAAUGUAGUGCAGUACUACCCACACUAUACAACAUUGACGGACUCUGGCACAAGUUCGUACCAAAACCGAUGGAGGCAAGUGCACCACAAGAACUCCGUCCAGACACACGCCAAACAUGGCAAUAUCCAGCACCAUCAUCAUUGGCCACAAGCGGAAUAUAUACCCAAAGGGACCUUGAUACACUACGAGAUCACGUCAUGUUCCCAGUUGAGAAAACAACAAUAUCAAACACACUGGCCAGAGGAGCAACAGGAAAAGUAAUCGUCCCUGGAACGGUAAAUAUCUUGGGAAUCAUGGAUGAAAACGCACUAACGACACUAGCAAAGAAUACUGCAUCGAAAUUAUGGACUGGUUUUAUGGAAAUCGGAACGGUCAGCGCAGCAAUACUUGGAAUCUUCAUAAUACUGAAAAUAAUGAAAACAAUAGUUGACAUAGUUAUACAUGGAUAUCAAUUACGCGAAACUUACGGAUGCGGACUCGCACUACUCGGAGCAAUAUGGGGCUCAGUCACUCACCUGCUAUUGUACAUGAAGGGAAAACGCAACGUCGAAAAUCAAACACAACCACAAGGAAUAUCAAUUACAUCUAACGAUACAAUAUAUCAACAACCAACAACCACUACGUCCGCUCUAAAUGAGCUGAAGGACACAAUCAGUCAAAUUUCCUCCGGAAAUUUGAACUCCAAGAGGGGGGGGGGUGUCACGUCCCACGCUCCACACGUGCCGCAACGAAAACAUAGAUAACCGCAAUGCACAAACAACGCAAGUAUCAACUCGUAUACCUGGAAACAAACACACAGUGCAAUGAAAAUGGAAAUUCUUUAAUAAAAUUUAUUAAACAUA